UCAACUCCUGAGCGGGCCUGGUCGCUGCUGGGGCAAGGCGGGGGAGGAAGGGCGAUUGAGAAACCCCGGUUCCCACAAAGCGGCCGCGCGCCGGUCCCCUCGGCCCGCUCCGCCCCGCCCCUGGCCGCAGGCACAGGGAGUCGCCGCGGGCCCUUUAAGGGCCGAGAGGUGCGCGGUCUCUUUAAGGCAGGUCCUGGUGGUUUCUGUUUUCUGAAGGAAGUGACGGGGGGUGGGAUUGAAUGAAAAGUGCAAAACAGAGUCUCAGAGCGCAGGAGUCGGGGGCCCCGGGAGCCGCAGCGCGGGGCCGUGGAGGGGGCGGAUUGGUUUCAGGAGCGCGGUGUCCGGCUCGGAGCCGCCGGGGGGCGAGCGGCGGAGCGCAGCCCACGUGCGUCGGCGCCACGUCGCGGGAGCCCAGCGGCUGAGCCCCCCGGGGAGCCGCGCCCGCGCGCCCCAAACUAGCCUCCAAGUUCGGGCGAAGUUUGGUCCCGCCGCUCCCGCUACCGCGCGCAGCGCGCCGGGACCGCGAGGGCGGUCCCCGGGGAUGCGCCCUCCCGGCCGCCGCGGGGUCCCCCCGGUACCCCCUGCGCUGCUGCUGCUGCCGCUGCUCAUGGUGCUGCUGGGGGCGCCGCGCGGCGUGGGCGCGGGGACCGGGGCGAGCGUGCCUGCGGAGCUGCGGGUCCGCGUGCGGCUGCCCGACGGCCAGGUGACCGAGGAGAGCCUGCAGGCGGACAGCGACGCCGACAGCAUCAGCCUGGAGCUGCGCAAGCCCGACGGCACUCUUGUUUCCUUCACCGCCGACUUCAAGAAGAAUGUGAAGAUUUUCCGAGCUUUGAUCCUGGGGGAGCUGGAAAAGGGGCAGAGUCAGUUCCAGGCCCUCUGCUUUGUCACCCGGCUGCAGCACAAUGAGAUCAUUCCCAGUGAGGCUAUGGCCAAGCUCCGACAGAAAAAUCCACGGGCGGUGCGGCAGGCUGAGGAGGUGCGGGGCCUGGAGUAUCUGCACAUGGACAUCGCUGUGAACUUCAGCCAGGGGGGCCUGCUGAGCCCCCACCUCCGCAACGUGUGCGCCGAAGCCACCGAUGCCAUCUACACUCGCCAGGAGGAUGUCCAGUUCUGGCUGGAGCAAGGUGUGGACAGCUCUGUGUUUGAAGCUCUGCCCCAGGCCUCAGAGCAGGUGUCGCUGCCUCGCUGUGGACAGGUUGGGGACCGUGGGAAGCCCUGCCUCUGCCACUAUGGCCUGAGCCUGGCCUGGUACCCCUGCAUGCUCAAGUACUGCCACAGCCGUGACCGCCCAGCGCCCUACAAAUGUGGCAUCCGCAGCUGUCAGAAGAGCUACAGCUUCAGCUUCUCCGUGCCCCAGAGGCAGUUGUGCCUCUGGGAUGAGGACCCCUAGCUGGGCUGGGGAGAGGGGUGGUCCCUGAGGCCACUGCUCUGGGCCCACCGCUCCUCCCCCAGCCGGAGGGGAUGGCCAGCCACGACCGCGGCCUCAUUGCUCGUUUUUCCUUUCCCCUAAUCCCUGAGCCUCUGGCCGCCUCACCCAUGACUGUGAAAAGGGAUGUGGCAUGGCAGGGGUUAACUCAUGAAGGCAGCCCCCACUCCCACCCUGUGCCUUGCUUGGGGACAGAAAGAGAAGGGCCGUCUUCAAUCUUGCCCCCUUCCCUCCUUCAGCUCCCGUGAAGUGUUCUCUUUCAAGCAACCAAAAUGUGAUGGCCUGUGACUCUCCUAUUUAAUUUAAUUCUUGGAAGGUUUAGACCCUGAAAGGUGUCUAUGCCUGUUCCACCCACCUCCCCCCAUACAAAGCCCUUCCCCAUCCUCCGGAAGGAGGGGGCCCAUUCUGCACCUUCCCACUCAUCGCCCCAGAGAGGGGCUGGCAGGGACGAUGCCACAGCCCCUACGCCGGAUCUCACUGCGUUCUUCUCACUCAUGGCCUCUGGGGCUGCCCAGGGCCCAGCCAGGGGCCGCCUGCCCUGAGACAGACCACAUGUGCCUUUUCUGUUUUCCCCUCUAAACAAAUAUUUUUAUAAGGUUCUGGGACAGAGAGUGAGCAUGAAGUAUGAGGAAAACUUGAAUUCCAGAUUUUUAAUGCAAAGUAUUUAUCAUUUGUACCAGAAAUAAAAGUUUAAAUUUUUACUUGA